UUUAUUUCACUCGAUGACGAUUCUGGCAUCAGAACUACAACACCCAUGAGCCUGAGGGAACGGCCGAAACGCGCGCGCGCCCCCUUGCUUUUCUCUUUCCGUCGUUCUACAAAAGAUGGCGUCGGUGCAAAAACCCAGACGGUUGCGUUUGUUUGAACGCAUGAGCCUGUGCGUGUGGAAGGUAGAAUAACGGAAAAUCAUGAUCAACCUCUGACAAAUCAUCAAAACACAACCAGAUAUGAAAUGAUAACUAAUCGCCGUGCAGUGUUGAGUUUGACUGAGGGCCUUCACUCGGGCCUGGCUGUUGUUUAUGAAGCGGAAGCGGUCGGUGAAAAAAAAACUCCAUUUCCCAGCAGCACUUUCGAAAGGGUGUUUGUAAAACCAACAUGGCCACCCAGGCAGAACAGGAAGAAACCAACCCCAGAAGCUGUACAGACUCGUCCUAUCCAUCACCCGAGUCCUCUCUGUCAUGGUGCUUGGUCCAGCUGAACAAAUCCAGCCCCGGAGCCGACGCCCUGACCGGCGCCGACCCCAGACCCUCCAGAGAGGCCGAUAAGCGCCUCAGGGUAGGCCAGUGGAGGGCUUUAGUGGCCAUCCGCACCCACCACAUUAAAGGGGGAAGCAGCAGGAUUGGGCAGUACCAGUCGCAGGGUGGUUUGCCCCCCCUACUGGCCAUCCUGCGCAGACCUGAGAGCUCCAGGAAGAUCUUAGACCUGACCCUCAGCAUCCUGGCCAACUGCUGCACAGAGAAGGAGACGCGAGCUGAGGUGCGCAGGCUGGGCGGUGUUUCUAUCGUAGUGGAGGUUCUGAAGAGGCACUCGUCAGUGGAGACAGUGGAGAACCGAGCAGCUCGUGCUUUAGGGAACCUCGCCAUGGACCCCGAGGGCUCGGCGCAGAUCCACUCUGCAGGUGGUGUCCCUCCACUCCUCCUCUGCCUGUCCCUUUCCAGCUCUCCAUCGUCUCCGCCCUCUCCCUCCCUCUCCAUUGUCCCUUCUCCUCCAGCUGCGUCAUCCUCCACUGUGGAGCGCACUCAGUCAGCUGCACGCACUCUCUUCUACCUCUCCGACACGCCCUCCAACCGUCUCUCUCUGCUCUCCCAGGGUGCCUUGUCUGCCCUGGCACGCUUUCUUGCCCCUGAGUACCCCCUGGGGCUGAGGCGGGCAUGUCUCCGCGCUCUCCAUGAGCUGACGCGGGGCUGCGGACCCGAGUGUGCCCGAGAGGUGUCCGUCUCCGGGGUGCUGUCUCAGCUCGGCCUGCUGGCGUCAGGAGACGGCGGCGAGGCUCUGGAGGAGCUAGCGCUAAAGACUCUGGCUAAUCUGUGCUCUCAGGGCUCCCUGCGCCCCCUGGUGGGCUCACUGGGCGUCAUUCCGAAGUUCAUAGAGGAAGUGAAAAAGGAUCCGCUGAAAUCCAGCGUGCUGUUCAAGGCUCUGUGUUUGUGCUGCAAAGAGGCGGUGAACCGUGUGAAGGUGAAGGAGAGCGGUGGGCUCGAGGUGCUGAUUGGCUUCCUGUCAGCCUAUCGGAACCAUCCUUUGACACGAUUGGCCGUCUUGGCGUGUGUGGAUUUCGUGUAUGACGAGGCAGCUCUGGAGCAGCUUCAGGAGCUCGGCCUGGUCUCUCUGCUGGUCGCGCGCCUCGUCGACGUCGCCCGGGGAGACGAUUCCAAGAUGGACGCUGAGCUCUCAGUGAGCUCUCAGUGCUCCGAGCUCAACUCCUGUUUCGACUCAUUUGACUUUCCGCCUCCUGAGGGGAGCAGAAAGGACGACGGGGGCAAGGAGCAGAGUUCCUCCAGCUUCCUGAGUCUCAGGUCCUGGCUGCUCUCUGAGGGUCUUAUCUCUUCAGAAGUGGAACUGAUGAACUCGCCCUGUGGUUCAGAUGGAGAUUCAGGUUCUCCUCAUCCCACCUGCUCUCCUACUUCUUCCUCCUCCUCUUCACCUUCUCCUCUCACUCUUGCUGAUGUUUCUCCAUCACCAGCUCAGCCGAAGCCCGUCUCCUCUCCAUCCGUUCGGCCCAAACCCUGCCGUCUGUCCGUCUCUGCGUCCCCGCAGCCCAAACCUCUCAUUUCUCCCGUUAAAGUCUCGUCUCCUCCGAGGAAGCGAGCUCGCACGUCUUCUUUGUGUUCCUCGGCGUCUCGUUUGAGCAUCGUCUCCUUGGAUUCCCCGCCGGCGAUCCCGAAGACGCCCGUGUACCAGCACCCGUACCACCCUGAGCCGUGGGCGCCGGAGUCUCCCAUCCUGCUGCUGCUCUCUCGCUUCUCCCACGCCACAGACCCCAGCAGCACGCUCGUCACCGCACCUGUGCUCUCCACCCUGCUCUACUACCUGACGCAGCACCGUGAGCCGAGCGGACGCUGCUGCCGCAUGCUGGUCCGAAUCACCUGCAACCCGAACUGCCUGCAGCCGCUGGUCCGGACCGGAGCCGUGGCUCUCAUCAGACACCGCCUCUGUCUCCAGGACCAGGAUCCAGCCGGGGAGAAGGAGAGACAGUCGGACAGGAUGAAGGCAAAAAUCAGAAACCUAGGUCAGGGGUUUCUGAACAACCUGCGCGUCCAGAGCGAGACCGGAUUCGGUUCUGGAGUUCUCAGCCACAUCGUCCUGUCAGGUUCAGAGAGCGAUAAACUCCACUGCGUUCUCUCGCUGCCGCUGAUCACCAGUAACCGAGUCCUUCUGAAGAAGCUGCUUCUGGACAGCGGAGGUCUGAUUGCGGCUCUUGAACUUCUCCUGUGUCUGGACGGCUCGGAGGACGACGAUGAUGACGGCAGCAGUGAUAAAUGCAGAACGUUGCUCUCUGCUUGGAUCUGUCCACCUGAGCAGGUGUGUGCUUCCAGGUAUCACUCACUAUACGCAUCUCUCCUGAUUGGCUGCAUGUCUAGUCUGCUGGCAGGGUCAAAGGUCGAGCUGGACCAGAGAGAGAGUCCCAGCACUUUGGAAAAUCUGCAGCAGGAUCCGGAUUCUUCUUCCUGCCCGUGUCCUUACCAAACAUCCAACCAUGACCUGAGCUUCCUGCUGGAUGACGGGGGUCUCCUUCCAGCCACUCGGGGUGUAGUUUCCGGGGAGGUGGGCGUGGCUGAGUCGGAGUACUUCCGUGCGUUGCUGAGCGGCCAAUUUGAUGAAGCGCAGAGGUCCAGUGGAGACACCGUUCGUAUCCGAGAUGUGAGCCGGGGAAUGCUGCUGCCCGUGCUUCAUUACCUUCAUGGCUGCAGGAUGACCGGAGAUGGAGCGGGACGCUGCCUCGUUCUGUCCUCGCUCGUCUCCGGGGGUCUGACAGAACACACCAUGUUUGAGAAGACUCCUCUCGCUGAAGUGAUGAUGGGGGCCAGCCGGUUUUUGGUUCCUGGAUUACAGGGGACAACCGAGGACCUGUGUGUGUCCGUAUUGUCUUCUCUGGCGUCCAAGGUUGACAGUCGAUGUCCAUCGAAACGCCAUCGUGCUCCAAACACCAUGGACGAUGACAGCAAGGACGGCACUCUGUGCUCCAUCUUGCCUCGGGCCUACUGGUUCUCCCAGCGCUACUCCUACUCCCGACUCGGCUCGUCCUGCUUGUCCAUUCUGCUGCGUCCUCAGCUGCCUACAUCUGUCUCCUCCGACUGUCUCCUCCGUCUGGUCCGGCAGGCAGACAGCACAGAGAGCCUGCGCCGGGACCUGCUGGGUCUCGCCACCGUGGCACUGAGCUAACGCCUCUGUCGGGAAUUUUCACUCUAAGUUCAAGGUGGAAUUUUGGAGUGACAUUCCGACCGACUUCCGUGUCUCUGUCUGACACACACACACACACACACACACACACCAUAGAGUCCAUUCUAGGAUAUGUAUGGUCUAUUCACACUGAAAUAUUUUUUUUGCACAAUAAAGAGCACGACGAGAUCCUGAAAUAAACAAAUCCAGUUCUGUUAAACCUCCUGAAGACCUCGCUUUACUGCAGUGACGCUUGUGUUCAUUUAUUAUUCUAAUCUUGAGUUCUGCUUUUCCAAAAUCAGCCAAUCAGAGAAAGAGUUUCAUCCACAUGAUUUGAUUGACAGUUCGGCGUUAACAAGGUUUUUUUUUUUUUUUAAAUAUAAAUUCUUCAUUCUUACACCACAGACUCUUGAAUGUUGGUCGUAUACGAAACGUUGAUGUUUGCUGUCCUGUGAUUGGCUCCUGAUUCAUCGUGCUAAUUGAAUCUGCCUCUUUGCUGAUGGCGAGUGAAGUCUGCGUAGAUUAGCAGCAGCAGGUUCAGGUCGUGCGUCCGUUCUGCACGUGCUCAGUACAGCGUAGGACCAGAUGACCUUCAUGUAGUUUGUGUCAGAGCUCUGAAUCUUAAUGUAGCGGAGUUAUAACUCAAAAAUACACUGGUCUGGGUUUUUUUUUUUUUUUUGUCCCCCCACCCCCCAAUAAAACCGUCAGAUCAGCAUAUGAAUCUGGAAUGACUGACAGCUGUAUAUUAAUUGAACCCCAGGAAGCCCCGCCCCCUCCCUUGUAUUUACAUUAAUCAUGCAGCAUCUUCACUUUCUAUCACGGUAAACAGAACAUUUUGAGUUUGUUAAUCAGUAACACAGUGUGGAGGAUAAACCUUCAGACUGCAGAGGGAUCAGUGUGGGUGUGGCCUUAGUGGCAGAAUCAGGUUUAUCUUUGUUUCAGUCGUUUAAUGAGUUCACUUUAAUCAACAGUUAGAUAAAACGCAAGGUGAAAUGUAACCUCGCGGCUCAGUGUUCUGGUUCUGGUCAUUUGUCCGUUUCACUCGCUCUUUUUUUUCUUUUCAGGGAUUUAAACUGAACAGGGCUGGGUUUCCCAAAAGCCUCUUAACAUUAAGAGCAUCUUAACUAGGAGAGAGAGUGUUCGCUGUGAUGCUCGCUCUACCAUUUAAUGAUGAGCUUUGUGCUGCUAUGCUUUUGGGAAACCCGCCCAUCCCAGCUUCUCUCCCUGUAUGAGGCGACUCUCAGAGUUGCUCAUUUUCGUUGUUUUUUUUGACCCCAUGUCUCCAUCUUUAUUUAUCUGCCGAAGAGACAAACAUCAGACUCGGCUUUACUGAAGUCUGUCACGUGUGAACGGUUUGUUCUGUUUCUGACGUUUCUUCUCCUGGUCUUCAGUGUGAAUACGCCUCAGUUUGGGAAGCAUUAGAGAAUUAUUUCAGGAUGAGUGCUGGGAACAAUAGGAACAAAAGAAAAGUUUAUUCUAUUCUAUCAUGUAUGUAAAUAUUUCUUGCGCAUUAUGUUCAUGAAGUGGCUUCACAUUUUUGUUUGAAUUUUUUUUUUAAAUAAUUUGUGGCUCUUUUUGUGCCAUUCCGGUUUUGUUUUUUUUAAAAUAAAUGAUCAUGUGUAACGUAUCGUUCAGGAAUGACUCCUCAUAUGGACCUGUUGUAAUGUAUGAUAUUCAAUAUUGAUGCUGCAUCAAAGAGCAACUUUAUUUCCGUACUCGUGGUGUUGUAAUAUAGAAUAUAUCUGCAGAUGUAGCUUGUGCCGUUAUACAGUGUGAUGUCAGGGAUAAAGUAAAGUUUACGUUCUAUUUUUCAUUCCUUAAUUUUGUAAACACAGUGUAUUAAGUGUCAUGAACAGAAUUAAAUGAGAUGUUAGUCAGAAGAAAUCAGAGGCCAAGGUCCUUGUGAACUAUGAAAAAUAAAAACACCUCUCCACUUUAAA